GGAUCUAACGACGUAAAAUCUGUCAACAAUGUCGUCCCUGAAGCAGCUUGAUCCAGCAGUUUGCAAUGUCAAGGUGACGCCAGGAGCUGUAGUGUGUCUGGAGGCGGACUACCAGGGAGAAGUAACCAUAGGGGCUCGCACUGUUAUCCAUCCAAAGGCACGUAUUAUAGCUGAAGCUGGACCUAUUAUCAUUGGUGAAGGCAACUUAAUAGAGGAGCAAGCCCAAAUAAUCAACAGGUUACCUGAGGGUACUGAACCUGGAGAAGAACCACAGGUUAUGGUCAUUGGCAACAGUAAUGUAUUUGAAGUCGAUAGCUAUUGCCAGGCAACUAAAGUUGGUGACAACAAUGUUUUAGAAGCUAAGAGUCACGUUGGUGCAGGAGUAGAGCUGACACGAGGAUGCGUCAUAGGAUCUCUGUGUUCAAUCACAUGCCCGCAGGUCGUUUCUGAGAAUACAGUGAUUUAUGGUGAUGAGCUGCAAAGACGAAACCAGUCAGAAAAACCAGCACCUCAGGGUCUUCAACUUGACUUCCUGAUGAAGAUCCUUCCCAACUAUCACCAUCUUAUCAAACCUAAGAAAAAAGUUGCUGUAUGAUUCAAUUCAUCUUGAGGAUAGAUUAAAGCUUUAAAAUAUAUGACAGAUUGUUCUUAUAUAACUGUAGGGUAAAUAUAAGUUGCUUAUGUAAUACACUCACUGGAAGUAUGUUAUUUAUGUUUUGUUUUUUUACUAUCCUUUUUGUAUAAUGUUAGUAUUUAAUUAUUAUGAAAAUCGGCUUGCAUUUCUAGCUUCAAGUAGCCUGAGAUGUACUUCCAUCAGUUUUAUAGGAAGAGGGUAUAAUUUUUGACAGAUACUGUCAAAUCUACCACUUUACUUUACUUAUGGCUUUCAUUUUAGCUAAAGCAGUUUAAAAUAGCAGGAUGUGGAAAAAUUGUAUGCUGUACUGUUGUUGAAUUUCUUAAUUUGAUUAACUCACAUACACAAGGACAGAGAUCAUCUGUAUAAUAUGCACAUUGUUCAAAAUAAAACAUGUACUAUAAAAAAGA